ACUGCGUCAUGCCUUCGUCUAAGCCGUCCAGUGUGCUGUACGUGGAGGAUGCGUCUCCGGAGAAAUGCCUCGAGGCGGCCCCUAGUCUGGAGCAGGUGUACAUGGAGAGCGGGUUGAGCCAGGAUGACGCGUACUUCCUGGCCAACUUUUCUGAUGCGAAGAGGAAGAAGUGCAUCCGAAAGAUCGAUUGGCGACUUUGCCCUCUGUUGGCCUUCCUCUAUCUUGUCUCCUAUAUCGACAAAGCGAGUAUUGGAAAUGCCAAAAUCGAAGGCAUGUUGACGGACUUGGAUAUGUCUGGGACUCAGUAUAACGUUGCCCUGGGAAUCUUCUUCGUCACCUACGUCCUGUUCGAGGUCCCUAGCAAUAUUCUACUGGCCAAAUUCAAGAAACCAUCAGUCUACCUCGCGAUGCUGACUCUCAUCUGGGGAAUCAUCGUAACCCUAACAGGAGUCGUCCAAAACUUUGCCGGCCUCUGCGCCGUCCGCGUGCUGCUUGGUAUCUUCGAAUCCGGCUUCUUCCCCGGCGCCGUCUGGCUCAUCACACAAUGGUACAUGCCCGAAGAAACGCAAACCCGCAUCGGAAUAUUCUACACAGCCAGCGCCCUCGCCGGCGCCUUCUCAGGCCUGCUCGCAUUCGGACUCGCCAAAAUGCGCGGAAUCGGCGGAUAUAAUGGCUGGCGCUGGAUCUUCAUAAUCGAAGGCGCAGCAACCGUCCUUCUCUCAGCAGUCUGCUACUUCUGCCUAGUAGACACACCCGCCCUCUCAACACGGUGGCUAGACCCCGAAGAGAUCCGGUACCUAGAACUGCGCAAGAAAGCCCUUCGAGGCCCCAUCGUCGUGGACGAAAAAGCCAGUAAAUUCGACUGGAAGACGCUCUUCCGCACCCUCACCGACUGGCACCUGUAUCUCCAGAUCCUGAACUUCUGGUCCAACACGGUCCCGAAUUACGGGCUGAAAUUCUCCCUUCCCCAGAUUAUGAAGAAUAUGGGAUACACCUCCGCAAACGCACAGCUUCUCUCCAUGCCGCCGUAUUUCGCGGGCGCUAUCUCCGCUUACGGCUUUGGGGUUGUGGCUGAUAAACUGCGCUGGCGCAUGCCCAUUAUCGUUAUGGGCCAGAUGCUUGUGAUUAUUGGCUUUGGGAUUCUAUUCGCACUCGCCGAUGAUAUCAAGGAUAAUAUCCCUGCUUGCUACUUCGCCGUCGUGCUGGCUUGUAUAGGCCUGUAUCCGAUCAUCCCGGGGACGAACGCGUGGACGGCGAAUAAUCUGGCCGGCGCGAGGAAGCAGGCUAUGGGUAUUGCAUUCAUGAUCAGUGCGGGAAACUGCGGGGGGCUUGUAGGUUCGUUUAUAUACCUUGAGCGCGAGGCGCCGAAGUAUCCGACGGGGUUUGGGAGUUCGUUUGCGUUUGCGGCGGCGGGGAUGGUGGCUAGUCUUGUGCUGGAGACGAGGUUUUGGUGGGUGAAUAAGAGGAAUGAGAAGAUGAGUAGGGAUGAGAUUCAGGAGAAAUAUACGCCUGAGGAGUUGCAGGUUAUGGGGGAUCGGUCGCCGCUGUUUAAGUAUAUACUGUGACCUACUUACCUUAGCUGGAUGGACUGGAUUAUCUGAAGGGAGAAUCAGGAUUAGAUGUGUUGAAUGGCCAAUAACCAGCUAUCUAUUAGUCUCACCACCAGCCUUGAGUUCUUGGUAUAUUCUACUUAGCUGUCUAUCAAUUCUCCUGCAGCUCAUUCAAUACCUCCCCAAACAUUGCCCUAAUCGCAUCCUCAACACCGGCACUCCUCCACUCCUCCCUAUCCUCCACACUAACUUCCCCCUUCGCCAAACAACCUUCCAUAGCCGUACUCCGUACAACAACUCCCGGAGCAGUCGACACAGUCCUCAUCCUCAACCCCGUCAAAACACCCCUUAAAUGAUCUCCCGCCUUCCCCCCUCCUCUUCCACCAUACGUCACAAUCCCUGCAGGCUUUCCCUUCCAUUCAUAGA